AUGUCUUCAUCCUCAUCAUCGCCCAAAAAGGUUAGCUUAAAGCUUCUGAUAGACACAAAUACUGAAAGAGUUCUGUUUGCUGAAGCAACCCAGGAUUUUAUCGACUUACUCUUCAACCUGUAUCGCAUGCCUAUCGGUACAUUCACAAGUCUCAUUACCAAUGAAGGCAUGGUGGGUUCAUUAGGCAAAUUCUAUAAAAGCAUUCAGAAUCUCAAUGAUUAUUAUAUGGUAAAUCCAAACAGAGAUAUUGACCUUUUGCUGAAGCCAAUUGCUGCUGUCUCUGGAUGUCUUCUGCCUUCAACUUUGUACAUGUGCCCAAAGCGCUGUGAGAAUUUUGUUACAAACUCAGAAGGAACUUUAUGUCCAUCUUGCAACCGUGAAAUGGCAGUUACAUUGCAAUUUGUUACUAAGAAGGCUAGGGAAGUGAUGACAGAUUCUUCUUCUAGUAAGGGUGGAGGAGCUGGGACUUACAUGGUGAUGGAUGAUCUUGAAGUUCAGCCCAUGUCUCCCAUUUAUUACUUCACCCUACUGGAAAAGUUCAACAUUGAAGAUGUUAGUGGCAUACAAAAAAGGGUCGUUGAGCUGGGGACUGACGAGGUUCUGUUGUCUGUUGCCGGGAAGGGGAAUGGGACCCACUCUGUCACGCUAUGGGCGCCUGCUAGGCUAAUGCAACCACUCCCAGGCGGUCGGGGCGGCGCCUGA